AUGGGGAUGGCUGAAGGAGGCCCAUCCUCGAGCGACCCGCUGAGAGGGAUGGAGGCAAACUUGGAUGAUCUCGAUGUGGUGGUGUCACUGGCUGGUGGCAACGGCUACAACGGCUACGGCACCUACCGCGGCUACAACCAAGGCGGCCAUGGCGGCUAUGGCGGCUAUGGUGGCUACGGGUACGGUGGCUACAGUGGCUACAGCACCUAUGGCUAUGGCUACCAGCAAGGCGGCUACAGCUAUGGUGGCAGCCGGCGUGUUGGUGGGCCCCCUGCCAACUACAGGAGGCGACCAACGUCCGAGGCGGGGUAUCAGGCGAGCCCUUGGGGAACCGCAUCGCGUGGCGGCUACUCGGGAUACUCGGGUACCUCGAACGAGUGGCUGUCGGACUACGAGAAUUCACCACCUGGCAGUGGCGCUCCGGCCCGGUCGCGGCCCAGCCCCAGACCUGCGCAUCAAUGGAAACCAAAAGGCCAGGAAUGA